AUGGCAAACUGGUCGUCAAAUCUGGACCGCGGAAGCAACUUGAAGCAGUACGCCCUCAAGCCUCAUACUAUGCUCAUCAACGCGAACGCUCUCCUGGUCUUCGUGCUCGCCGCCUGUGCAGCUGCACCUGGUGCACUCGCAGACUACCCGACUUCAUGGCGUAGAGCCGACGUCGUAGACACGGACAUCUACGCUCGCUUACUCUCCGACUACGUGGACUACGUCAGACGGACGGAUCCGCCGCCGUACGACCGUCCGGGGAGCCCUCAUCCGCCGCCGCAAUACCCGGGCGGUACGAAGCCCUCAACGCAGGGCGGCUCGAACCUCCCCACUGUCAACGAGCGGAAGCACCACAGGCGCACGGACCCUCCGCCGUACGACCGUCCGGGCAGCCCGCUCCCGCCGCCACAGUACCCGAGCGGCACGAAGCCUUCGACGCAGGGCGGUUCGAACCUCCCAAGCGUGAAGGAGCGGAAGCACCACAGACGGACGGACCCUCCCCCGUACGACCGCCCGGGCAGCCCUCAUCCGCCACCGCAAUAUCCGGGCGGCACGAAGCCAUCGACGCAGGGCGGGUCGAGCCUCCCCACUGUGAAUGAACGGAAGCACCAUGGUAAGAGGGCGAUGUGGGAGUACCUCGUAACCAAUGAUGAGUGGUAUAACAUCAACACGAGCUCGAAGGACUUCGUUAUCGUCAAGCAGACUAUGCGAUAUCACGCGGAAGACACGAUCUUGAAGAGCUCGAAGGGUACCAAGAUCGAUGCGAAGUACACGCCCGAGAAGAAUGCCGUGUUCACGGUCCAUAUCAUACUUGGGCGAGUUGUCGCUAACGGGCUAUAG